AUGAUUCACAUGUAUAGAAAGGAGGGCCUUCUUUUAAGUCGAAACCUAUCUAAUAUAGCCUUUAAAAGAGGGAUAUCGAGUAGUAUCCAGAGUCAGUUCACCAGCUUAACUUUGAUAAAAACAACUAAACUCCCUAAUCUGACAAAUAGAGCAUCAGUAAUAAAUAUUCUAAAUCAUUCAAGAUCUUUUCAUGUUUCAAGUUAUACAAAUUUUAAAAAUACCCAAUAUGCACUAAAACAAGAUAAUUCUAAUGAUAAUUCAAAUGGCGACAAGAAGAAGGAUCAACAAGAUAAUAAGGGAAAAAAUAGUAAAAAAAGUGGUCAAAAUGAAGAUGAACCCCCAAAUAUAAUGAAUUAUUUUAAGUCAAGAGAAUUUCUAAAUACAAUGCUGUUGAGUAUAGGGUUCUCUUUCAUGUUUGCAAUGACAUCAUCAAGUGGUGACAAUAAUUUAAACGAGCCAUUAACGUUCCAAGAUUUCAAGAUUAAGUAUUUGGAGAAAGGUUUAGUUAAAAAAAUAUAUGUCAUAAAUAAAUACCUAGUAGAAGCUGAACUUAUUUCGGCAUUAAGCACAGGCAAUAACCCAACUAUUGUAUCAUUUACAAUCGGAUCUGUACCGGUGUUUGAAGAAGAAAUGGAAGCAGUUCAAAACAAACUUAAUAUCUCCGCUAAGGAUAGAAUACCUAUCAUCUUUACAGAUAGAUAUUCACUUUUCCAUUAUUUGUUCCCAUUUGUCCCUACUUUAAUACUCCUAGGUGGUUUAUAUUACAUCACAAAGAAAAUGAAUCCAGGUGGCGCUAAUCCAAACAUGGGUGGCAGUGGUGGAAUCUUUGGAGUUGGAAAGUCCAAGGCAAAGUUAUUUAAUAAAGAAACUGACAUAAAAGUAGCUUUCAAGGAUGUUGCUGGAUGCAAUGAAGCAAAACAAGAAAUUAUGGAAUUUGUUCAUUUUUUGAAAAACCCAAAGAAAUAUACAGACUUGGGAGCUAAAAUUCCAAGAGGUGCAAUUUUAUCUGGUCCUCCUGGUACUGGUAAAACUUUAUUAGCAAAGGCUACGGCAGGUGAGGCUGGUGUUCCUUUCCUAUCUGUAUCUGGUUCUGAAUUUGUAGAAAUGUUUGUCGGUGUUGGUGCUUCAAGAGUACGUGAUCUAUUCGAACAGGCUAGAACAAUGGCACCUUCAAUUAUUUUCAUUGAUGAAAUUGAUGCUAUCGGUAAAGAACGUGGUAAAGGCGGUGCCUUGGGUGGUGCAAAUGAUGAAAGAGAAGCAACUUUAAACCAACUUCUUGUUGAGAUGGAUGGUUUUCAAACUUCAGAUCAAGUUAUUGUCCUUGCUGGUACAAACAGGCCCGAUGUUUUGGAUAAAGCACUGAUGAGACCUGGGAGAUUUGAUAGACAUAUUGAAAUCGAUCCACCUGAUGUCGAAGGUAGAAAAUCUAUUUACCUAGUCCAUCUUUCCAAAUUGAAUUUAGAUCCUUCUUUCUUGAAAACUAAACACGACAAAGAAAUGCUAGCUGGAAAGUUAGCCGCUUUAACCCCUGGGUUUGCUGGUGCAGACAUUGCAAAUGCGUGUAAUGAGGCUGCUUUGAUUGCUGCCAGAUAUAAUGAUGAAUAUGUUGAAAUGAGACAUUUUGAGCAAGCAAUCGAAAGAGUUAUUGCGGGCUUGGAGAAAAAAUCCAGAGUUUUAUCGCCUCAAGAGAAAAAGACAGUAGCAUUCCACGAAGCUGGUCAUGCUGUGUGUGGAUGGUACCUAGAGUAUGCUGAUCCUUUGUUAAAGGUAAGUAUAAUACCUCGUGGUCAAGGUGCUUUAGGUUAUGCUCAAUAUCUACCUGACGACCGUUAUCUAUAUACAGAGGAACAAUUUAAACAUAGGAUGGUUAUGACAUUAGGCGGUAGGGUUUCAGAAGAGUUACAUUUCCCAUCAGUUACCAGUGGUGCUCAUGAUGAUUUUAAUAAGGUUACUAAUAUGGCUAGAUCAAUGGUUACCGCAUUAGGUAUGUCACCAAAGCUUGGUUACGUAUGUUAUGAUACUGAUGCUAAUCAAGGCGGCUAUCAAGUAAAUAAACCAUUUAGUGAACAGACCGAAAGAACUAUUGAUUUAGAAAUCAAGAGGAUAAUUGAUGAAGCACAUGAAAUCUGUAAAAAGUUAUUAACGGAAAAUAUUGAGAAGGUUGAUAAAGUCGCUAAUGAACUUUUAACUAAAGAAUCUAUAACAAGAGAGGACAUGAUUAGAUUGUUGGGACCUAGACCUUUCCCAGAAAGAAAUGCUGCAUUUGAGAAGUACUUAGACCCACAAGGCGCAAACAGUCAGAUUGCCAAAAAUCCCAAGGAUCCGGAAGGGAAUAUUUCUCCUGCCCCAAAUUAA